AUGGGCGCGUUCAGCGGUGCAUGAUCAAUUUACGCUACUGAUACAUCGAAUGAACUGCUCUUUAUAUUCCGCUACAUUUCCUGCUCCAAUUUGUUUGUCAAAUGUCAAAUAUUUUCUUUAACUGUCAAGACCUUAACCAAACUUUAUUUAUUGUAUUUUUGUCGUGUUUUUGUCUACUGGUAGACUCGAACACUCGAAGUCUCAAAAGAAAAAAGAAUUAAUUAUCGGAUAUCAGAUCAUCUAGAUAUUGUUUUAUUUUCCACCAGGUUUUAUCAAGAAGAAUGGAAUUCCAAAAUAUUGUUGAAGAGGAAAUGUAUGAAAACAUCUUACUUAAUUUAAUUAAUGAUGAUGAUGUACCAGUGCCUAAUGUAAUUCCUCCCAAUUUAUUGGAGAUAGUAAGAGAAGAAAAUGGGGAUAGGCGACGAGUAAUUCCAAGGAAUGAAGAUUUCUACGAAGAAGUAAUUCCUCGCUACUUUGAAGAUUUAUUUGUUGAACAUUUUCGCAUGAGUAGAGCAGUGUUUCAGCAAUUAUUAGAGUUGGUUGGCAAUCAAGGUAUGGUGUCAGAAAAUGCAUUAAUUCCCCUUGAGAAAAAACUGCUAUUUACUGUAUGGAUGUUGGCAAAACCGGAGUGUUUUUUAGCUGCAGGGGACAGAUUUGGCUUGUCAAAAGGAACUGGCCAUUUUAUAUUUAAAGAAAUUGUAGCCAUAUUGAAACACUUAAGGUUCCAAUUAAUUUUAUGGCCUAACAAUCAUGAAAAUAGUAUGAGGGUUUUUAAUGAAAGAUCAAAUGGCUUUUCUGGGGUUGUAGGAGCUAUCGAUGGUUGUCAUAUUCCUAUAAAACAACCAGCAAAUAAUGGACAUGAUUACUACAAUAGGAAACAAUUUCAUUCCAUUAUUUUACAAGGUGUAUGUGAUCACCAAAUGCUCUUUCUUGAUAUUAAUGUAGGUAUGCCAGGAAGAGUUCAUGAUGCUCGUGUCUUUCGCAAUAGUCAAUUAUUUCAGAGAUUAACAUCCCAAGAUGCUCCUUUGUUGACCAAUAAUCAACACAUACUUGGAGACUCAGCUUACCCGUUGCUAGUAAACUUAAUGACUCCAUUCAGAGAUAAUGGCCAUUUAAAUGUAGACCAAAAUAGAUAUAACGAAAAAUUGAGUUGUAUUAGGUCAAUUAUAGAAAGAGCUUUUGGAUUAUUAAAAAAUAAAUUUCGAAGGUUAAAGUUUUUGGAAGUUGCCAGUCCGACUUUUGCCAGUGAUAUUGUGGCUGCAGCUUGUGUUUUACAUAACUUUAUCAUAUUACACAAGGAAGAAGUAAAUGUACAGGAAGAUGACGAAGAAAACAUAGUUUUUGACAAUGUUGAAAAUGAGAGAAUUGAAGAAGAAAAUGAGGCUGUUCUCAAAAGAAAUCAUUUUGUAAAUAUAUUUAGAAAUAAUUAAAAUGUUACUUUGAGACUUGA